AUGGCUGUGCGGCCGCAGCGAAUACAGGAUGCUGUUGUGGAACGCCGUUUGCGCCCAAUUUACGAUUGGUUAGACAAUGGCAAUAAUAAAAAAGCAUUGCAAGAAGCGGAGAAAGUGCUUAAAAAGAGCCCAACAUUGCAGGCAGCCCGUGCAUUGAAAGCCCUCGCGUUGUUAAGGUUAGGAAAAGCUUCGGAAUCCCAUGCAGUGCUUGACGCUCUUGUAGAGGAGAAGCCAAGUGAUGAUACGACCUUACAAGCCAUGACAAUUUCGUAUCGGGAGUCCCAACAAUUACACAAAGUAUGUGAGAUCUAUGAAGCUGCAGUGAAGGUAGACCCUUCAAACGAGGAGCUUUAUUCACACCUAUUUAUGUCUUAUGUUAGAGUUGGAGAUCACAAAUCGCAGCAGCGGGCUGCCAUGGCCUUAUAUAAGUUAUUACCUAAAAAUCCUUAUUUCUUUUGGGCUGUGAUGAGUAUUGUUUUACAAGCCAAAACAGCUGAUGAUAGUACAAAAAGGGGUAUACUUCUUUCUUUGGCUCAAAAAUUGGUUGAAAACUUUAUAACUGACAAUAAAAUGGAGGCAGAGCAAGAGGCCCGGCUGUACAUCAUGAUACUAGAGCUGCAGGAGAAAUGGGAGGAUAUACUAAAAUUUAUAGAAUGCCCUCUUUAUGCUCAAUUAGUCCCUGCAUCAACAACUCAGGCCUGCAUACCAUAUUAUAAAAAAAUUGGGGAAUGGAAAAAGUUAAAUUUAUUAUGCAAAGACCUGCUGUGGGAUAAUCAAGAUCGAUGGGAUUUCUACAUGCCAUAUUUUGAUUCCGUCUUUCAGUUGAUGAAUAAACCAGAUAGUGAUAACUCAGUUGAUGAUUCACCAGAAAAGUGUCAUGAGUUUAUUUGUUCUAUAGUUGAAAAUUCAUCUGGUCGUGCAUUGAGAGGACCUUAUUUAGCUAGGUUAGAGUUAUGGAAGCGCCUUGCAAAAGAUGGUGACCCUACUUUGCUCCUAGGUAGUGGAGUGGCCUUAUGUGUUCAAUAUUUACGGGUUUUUGCUAAUAAACCGUGUGCUGUGCCUGAUUUAAAACCUUAUUUAUCAAUGUUACCUCAGAAAGAGAGGGAAGACCAUAGCAGAGAUUUUUUGACUUGCCUUGGAUUUGAUGAAAACAGUGAACCUGAUUCUAUAAAAGAUAUUCAACGCCACAUAUCGUGCCUUUUAGCUUGGAGACUAACUGCUCCUAUGGGGUCUGCAGAGGAGAACCUCAAUGUGGCUGAAAUGCUGAGACGGCACUACCUUCGAUCACUCCAACGAGGGCUGGUUACCUCAACUGCUACUGAAUUCUGUGCUACUGAUAGCUAUGGCAUAUUGGCAGCUCAUCACUUUUUCUAUGCUGCUGUGGAACAGGAAAACUCAACUCCAAUUAUUGAAGCCUUGAACCUCCUGGAGCUGGUACUGCAUCAUUCCCCAGCCAAUUUCCAUGCUAAACUGCUGCUCAUAUCUCUUUACCAUAUAUUAGGUAAUGCAACAGCAGCUGAUUCGAUAUACACCAAGCUGGAAGUGAAACACAUACAGUUGGUGUCUUUGGGAUGGCUCCACGCAGCGAGACUUGCGCCUGCGCUGGCGUCGCCACGCGCUUUACGAUUACUGGCUGAUACUACUACGUUUCAUAAGCAUCACGCUAAGGAUAGCGUCGAACAAGUAACGUACGCAUACAAAUUUGGUACGUUCGAAAAAGUAUUAGAAGUAUGGGAGUGGGGGGGACGUAUCGAGUCGUGUGCUUGGUGCGGCGCGUGCGCAAGAGAACGGCAGUUGCUGGCGCUACUUGCAGGACCGUCGCAAGCGCCGCAACAUACUGUCAAAUUGCCAUUUACGCCUACCGACAACCGCGAUCUGAAUGCAAUUGUGAGCUGGUCGUCUACAGACAACGAUCGCGCAGCGUAUAAAGAGCGCUCCUUCGAAAAGGACGUUGCGUACUUGCGGCUUAAAGACGGGUUGCUCUCCGCAAUAGUGUUAUGUAUAGAAUGCGCAGAUAAUAGGAGUGUAGAAAUGAAGAGUAGUCAAUUGGAACAGCUCCGAGCUUGUAUUGAUGCGUUUGGGUCCGCGCUUGACCGUUGCCAGCGUUUGUAUGGCGAGCGAGAGAAUCUUAAUGUGACCGCGCCUUUGCCUUCUAGAAUUAUUGCCUUCGUAACAUCACCGGUGCCAUAUCGGGAGUUAUAUACAAACACUUUACGAAUGGUUUGCGAGCUCUGCGCCGGUUCGUCAAACGCGCAAACAUUUGCCGAACCCGUUCGCACAACGCUUGUGAAAUCGCGUGAACAUUUGGCUGCGUACGCGUUACCAACGCUUUGGCAGAAUAGGGACGCUUUGGAGUUCUUCUCAAAUUAUUUAGAAUUCAUAGGCGUAAUAACAUACCUCUUGGGCGUAUGCAACGAACAUCUUGCUCCUGCGCAUGCUAAGAGAAACAAGAAAAAGGCGAGUCAAUCGCCUGAACAAAUUCAAAUUAUAGAAAUUCUUAGUAAAUUAAACGAUGACGUCCAAGAAACUAUAGCUAUUCUAGAAGAUAUCUUCGAAAAUUGGCCGAAAUUUGACUAUCAAUCCUCUUUAGAAGCCGAAUUAGAAAAAUUAACGAUUUCAAAAUAUCAAACUCCGGUUGAACAGAAAUUGAAAAAUGGACUAGAUGACGUUCUCGCGGAUGUCAAAAAUAUAUUAAAGAAUAAAGCGAAAUAUUUAAAAAGUUUGCAAUAG